AUCAAAUAACGGAUACAAUUUGCGAUGAUCAACAACAACAACAACAACAAAAUCAUAACAAAUCAAAUAAUUCGAAUGAUUCAAUACAAACCAGAGAUGAAUAUUAUUCAUAUGAUUCACGUUCAAUGAUUGAACCAUCAUUUGUUAUAAGAUUUUUAUGCUAUUUUAGCUAUUUGAUUCUGAUAAUUUUCGGUUAUUUUCGUAUGUUUAUGGAAUGGUUAAAUCUUGGUGAUUAUAAUACAAUCAUCGAACAUAAUCGAAAGGAUUAUCGACCAUUAUAUAAUAGUUGGCAAGCAUUUUUUACCCGUUAUAUUUAUCGUCGUGUUGCUGAUAUAUUUUCCAUACCAAUAACCGGAAAUCCUGGUGGAAUUGUAACAGUUUUAGAACGAAAAUCUAAUGAUCGAAAUUUUACAUUUAAAUUAACUGGAAAACAAAAUAAUUGUAUUAAUCUGGCAUCAUAUGAUUAUCUGGGAUUUUCACGUCAAAGUUCAAAUGAUCCAUCAAUUGAACAAGCUAUACGAAAAUAUGGUGUUAGUGUUAAUGCUAUACAUGAAAUUGGAAUGUUAAAUUUACAUCAAGAAUUGGAAGAAAAAUUUGCCAAAUUUUUACAAGUAGAAUCAUGUAUUGUAUUUGGUAUGGGUUUUGCAACAAAUUCAACAAAUAUUCCAUCAUUAGCCGAUAAAGAUUGUUUAAUAUUAACUGAUCGUCAUAGUCAUGCAUCAGCAAAAUCUGGUAUCUAUUUAUCUGGAGCAAAAUUUGAUUACUUUGAACAUAAUGAUUGUAAUGAUUUAGAAAAGAAAAUCUGUCAGGCAAUUUUGAAUGGUAAUCCAAAUAAUAAUGGAAAACCAUGGAAAAAGAUAAUCAUUAUUGUUGAAGGUGUUUAUAGUAUGGAAGGAACUAUUGUUGAUCUACCCAGAUUGAUUGAAUUAAAACGAAAAUAUAAAUGCUAUCUAUAUGUAGAUGAAGCACAUAGUAUUGGUGCUGUUGGACCAAAUGGUCGUGGUAUUGUUGAUUAUUUUGGUUGUAAUCCUUCUGAUGUUGAUCUUUUAAUGGGUACAAUGACAAAAAGUUUUGCUGCUGCUGGUGGUUAUUUAGCUGGACGUAAACAAUUAAUCAAUCAUAUACGACAAUAUUCAUUAUCAAAUUAUGCUGGUAGUAUAUCGGCACCGAUUGCUCAACAAAUAAUCAAUACAUUAUCAAUAUUAUCAUAUAAAAAUCCAAAUGAAAUGAUCGAUACUGAAGGACAACAACGUAUUGCACAAUUAUUAUCAAAUACACAUUAUAUGCGUGAUCGUCUUAAACAUUUAGGUUUUAUAAUUGCCGGUCAUUAUGAUUCACCAGUUAUACCGAUAAUGAUUUAUAUACCGGCAAAAAUUGGUUCAGUUGUACGAAUGGCUGUACAAAAUGGUUUAGCAUUAGUUUGUGCUGGUUAUCCGGCUACAUCAUUAACAACAAAUCGUAUACGUCUUUGUAUGACUGCACAACAUUCACGUGAAACAUUAGAUCAAGCUAUACAAAUUCUUAGUAUGAUUGGUGAUGUUCAUCAUAUUAAAUAUCAACGUUAUGAUGUUCUAUGA